AGAACAAGCAGCGCAUAAAUAAAAAAUACAAAAAAAAAAAGGAAGGCAAAUAAUUGAAAUUAUUGUCGUAAUCGUUGUUGAUGCAGCAAAACAGACAUCGAAUUAAACAAAUAUCAAUACAAAUAAAUAAAAUAAAUUAAAAUACGCCGCACACAAAUCGUCUUGGCCAGAGAGGGACUGCAGCUCAGGGCCAGAGAAGAGCAGACGGAACUAGAGGCACAGCCAGGGACAAGCUGAGAAGCAGCUAGAGACAACGCUAGAGAGUGGAGACAAAGCCUGAUACAGAAGGAGACAGAGAAGCUGCCAGAGACGGAACCAGCGACAAAGAGUGUCAGAGAUAACUAGAGAGAAGCCAGAGAAGAAGCCAGAGAAGAAGCCAGAGAAGAAGCCAGAAAAGGAGCCAGAGAAGAAGCCAGAGACAGAAUCAUCACCAAAGCGAGAAGCCAGUGCCAGAGGUAGAAGCCAAGAAGCCAGGAACUAGCUAGCUGAGGAUAAGCAAUCGCCAGAGACAACCAGAGAAGGUGGCCAGAAGGUUCCCUAGUCAGAGAGAGAGAGAGGAGUGGACCAGAGGCAGAGCCAGCGCCAGAGACAAAGCCAAAGAAGUUGCCAGAAGAAUUGCCAGAGGCAAAGCCGGCGGCAACGAAUGCCAGGCAGAGGAACAGAGACAGAGCCUGCGUGAGAUAAGGAACCAAAGCCAGAGAAGUUGCCAGAGACAAAGCUGAGAGAAGCUGCCAGAAGCAGAGUCAGCUCUAGAGGCCAUAAGAGAAAACAGACAGUGCCAAAGACAAAGCCAGAGACCUUGGUCGGAGCCAGAUACGAGGCCUUUGCCAGGCCUUACUGUUUCGUCAUCGAGCACAAACCUGAUCUCGAUCUCGAUCUCGAUCUCGAUCUUGAGCGCCAGCUCGGAAGCGUGUCGGUUUUUACCCCUUACCAAAUAUGAGCAUAGCCUAGCUAAGCAGCGCGCACGUAAUUCAAGCAGCCGUGACUUGAAGUCAACAACAACAACAACAACAAGACACUUGAACACACACCUGUACGCACACCUGUGCACACACCUGUAGAGAAUGGAGCGUUCGCACAGCUGCAGCAACUUUGAGGGUCCGCAGUCCGCAGAGGCGUCACCUGCAACUGGCGUCCACAAGCCGCAUGCCGGCAGCAGCGACAAUCUGCCGAAGAGCAUCGCCGCCAGCUCCAUGGUGCACUUUCCGCCCAACAAGCCGCUGCGCAAGCGCCGCAAGCUGCAGCGCCAGCAGUCCGUCAUUGUGGAUGACACGGAAUGCGAGUGCGCCUAUGCGGCAGAUCUGGAGGAGGACGCCGAUCCGGAUGCAGCCGAGGAGCCGCUCAUCAUGCCCCGGCUGCCGGGCAAGCACUUUGAGCCGCAUGUGCGGCACGUCUCGUGCAGCAGCGGCAGCAGCGGCGGCAGCUCCCAGAAUGGACGCUGCCUGCGGCACGAGGAGUCCUUCGAUUCGUGCAGCACGGCGCCGGAGCUGAGUCCGCAGGCGGUGCGACAGCAUCGCUUCAGCAGCCUGUUGCUGCGGGACAGCUCCGUCUCGAUGCAGUCGGACUCGAGCCGGUAUUCGAGCGUGGACAGCUUGCUGGAGUCACGCAAACCGGAUCCGGAAGCGAUACUCAUCAAUCUGGGCUUCGGGCCCGUCGGCACCGAGGACAUGCUGUCGCGCAUACCGAAACGCUUCCUUAAGCCCUCCAAGGUGCCGGGCAUCGAUACGGAGGCCUUUGUCAAGCGUCUGCAAUUGGCCAGCUCCCUGGCCGAUUCGAGCGCUCUGGGCUAUCGCGGCCUGACCUCCAGCUCCGAUCAGCCGCCCUCGUCGAUUGUCGCCAAGAUCAUGGAACGCUUCGAGGUCAACAAUCAGCGCAAACAGUCCAUGGGUCAUAUUGAGCACACGAUACGCUGAACAAAGUUUGAAGCCGGAGUAUUCCCAUUCCCAUCUACCUAGUAUAUGUAUAUCUAUUGAUUAACUGAAAUUGUUAGCCCUAACUUAAGUUAAUUUGUUAGACAGCCCCGCGAGCGGGUAUUUACCCGUUUGGAGGGGCUUUUUAUUUUUAUUGUCAUGUGAUGUUUAUCUUGUCCAUUAGCCUUUAGUUAUGCCGCGUACUUAGCUUUGUCUAUUGUUGUACCUACCGAUUGUGGUUUUAUUUUCUAGCAUUUUAAGCUCUCGAUUAAGCAUUAAAACAAAAACAAAAUUGCAUUUCAAAA